AUGGCCCAGUACUACCCUCACCAGCAACCGUACGGAGCUCAGUCUUCGGCUCAGAAUCUCCAAUUCUUCCCCUCAUCUUACACAUCGGUAUCGGGACACACCACUCCGUCUCAGGCUGCAUAUGGUGGCUUUGGCGCACCUCCCAGCCAGGCCGCGCCCGCGUAUCCAGGGGGUGGCGGUUAUGGCGGAUUUGGGUCUUCAGCUGCUGGUGUGAGUGGAAGGAUGGGAGAGCAGGGCGGGCUGAGGACAGGCUGGCUCGCUGCCUUUGGGACAGAAGGAUACGAAGGAGAGCCGCCAUUACUGGAAGAAUUGGGGGUCAACUUUGAACAUAUCAGGACAAAGACAUUGACGGUCUUGAAUCCCUUUGCGCACAUCGACCAGCACCUCAUGGAUGACAGCGAUCUCUACGGAGCUCUCCUUUAUAUCGUCCUCUAUGGAACCAAUCUCCUAUUAUCAGGAAAGGUCUUCUACGGGUAUAUCUAUGGCGUUGCAGUCUUUGGAACUGUCGCUUUACACCUGAUCCUCAGCCUCAUGUCACCCGUUCUGGAUCCCGCAACAGCCGCGGCGGCAGCAGCAAUCCCCAACGCUGCCGACCCAAACAACUAUAAUCCUCAUCACAAGCCCUCCUCGUCCACUGGGUCUAUCGGCAACUUUUCUACUACUCUUACUUUCCCGCGAUCGGCGAGUGUUCUCGGCUACUGCUUCCUUCCGCUCGUCCUGACAAGUCUCAUCGGCAUCAUGGUCCCCAUGGACACAAUGCUGGGAUACCUUUUGACUACGGCUGCCGUCGGAUGGUGCACGUAUAGUUCUUCAGGGAUGUUCUGUGCCGUUGCUCAGAUGCGCGGGAUGAGAGGUCUGGUGGCGUAUCCGUUGGCCUUGUUUUAUGUUGUUUUUGGUAUUAUGGGCAUCUUCUCUUCCCGUGGUAGUGGGACACUGGCGGCGAAGACCGGGUCUGUUUGA